AGGGGCGGAGCAGAAAGACUGUUUUACACACACACACACACACACCCCGCAGGCCGUCGGAGCGCGCUGACUCUCCAAACACACACUCACACGCUGAAGAGCCCAGCAGCAUCAUCAUCCUCCUCCUCCUCAUCUUCCCAUCAGCGUGUGCACGAGCGCUCAGCAUCAUCACUGACCGAAUGCCACACAAUGAAACGAACGCGCGCAGCUUCAUCUGAAGGUGCCGUGUGAUUUAGAGGAGAAAAGCACACCACUUUCCUGUAUGAUGUGCAUCGAUCAAAGACGCUGUGUGGUUUUCUCCAGCUCGACGUGAGCAGAAGUGUCUCUUGUUCUCCCGCUCCGUUCUGUCAUGAUGUCGCGGUACCAUCAGCGCUUCGAGCGGGAUUUCCGCAGCGUGUGGGAGCGGAGGGAGCGCUGCGUCUCCAACAGCAGCUGCGGCGGCACAGUUAACGGCUGCGUCUCCACCUCUGCCUCCUCCAUCCCCAACAGCGGCAACAACCGUCCCGGCCUCCUGCCCCUGCCUGUCAUCCCCUCGCUGCUGCCCACCCCGGUCACAACAAGCACGGCCAAUAGCGAGCUGACCUGCAAGCGAUUAACCUCCACCUGUACCACCUCUGUGACUAAGGUCUCUGGGCACCCAGCGGCAGGCACGCAGACUCCUGGCCAGGUCCUGGCUAAUAGCGUCCGCUGGGGACAAACACCCAUUAACCAGUCCACGCCCUGGGACAAAACAGGUCUCUGGACCCAGCGGCCGCCCGCAAAACAGAUGAGGGAGAAAGAUAUCGCAGCUCCUCUAUGGCCUCCUCAAGUCGCUGCCACCGUCAGCCAGGCUGGACUCUUGGCACACACAUUUGCUCUGCCGCAGGCGCCAGCUUACAGUCAGGUCACGGCCAUCCAAGCACCCAUCAUUGGUGUGACCCCGGUGCUCCAAACCCCCCAUCCACAAUUACCCACACACUACCAACUCCCCCAGCAGCCUUCACAGCCAAUGACCAACAUGGUCCUCAACGUCCAGAGCCAAUCCCUCACCGUCGGCGGCCUGCCUCCAAUGCCCAGCGUCUGCCAGGUCGCCCAUCCCGUCCACACGGUGGUUGGCAACGGCCACUUUACGCAUCCCAUGGUGCAAUCUGCCACCAUGAGCUCCUCGCCGCUGCCCAACAACGGGCCGCUGACGAACGGCCAGCAGGAAACCGCCAACAACAGCCUGCAGAUGCUGAGAACGGUCGGAUUGGGGAAAUACGAAUUCACAGACCCCUGGCAUCCCAAAGAAAUGUUGAAGGAAUUGAACCAGCAGCGGCGAGAGAAAGAGUUUACAGACCUGAAAAUAAUUGUUGAAGGCAAAGAGUUUGAAGUCCAUCAAAAUGUUCUAGCUUCCUGCAGCUUGUAUUUCAAGGACAUGGUGAAAAGGUUAUCGGGGGAGAACAGAAACGGUGAGAAGAUGCAGCUGACAAUGAGCAACAUCAGUUCAGAUGUUCUGGAGCUUCUCCUGGAGUUUGUUUACACCGGCUCCCUCAUUAUCGACUCGGCCAACGCCAAGACCUUACUGGAGGCGGCCAACAAGUUCCAGUUCAACACUUUCUGCAAAGUCUGUGUCUCCUUCCUCGAGAAACAGCUGACGGCCGCUAACUGUCUGGGAGUGCUGGCCAUGGCCGAGGCGAUGCAGUGCACCGAACUCCACAACAUGGCAAAGGCCUUCGCCCUGCAGAACUUCCCCGACGUGGCCGGUCAGGACGAGAUCCUCAACAUUUCCAAAGAAGACCUGGUCAGUUACAUGUCCAACGACAGCCUGAACACGAAAGCAGAGGAGCUGGUGUAUGAGACGGUCAUCAAAUGGAUUAAAAAGGACCCCAGCAGCCGAGUGCAGCAUGUGUCUGAGCUGUUGGCAGUGGUGCGGCUUCCGUUCAUCCAUCCCAGCUACCUGCUGAACGUGGUGGACAACGAGGAGCUGAUCAAAUCUUCAGAGGCCUGCAGGGACCUGGUGAACGAAGCCAAGCGCUACCACAUGCUGCCACACGCCCGCCAAGAGAUGCAGACGCCCAGAACUCGCCCGCGACUGUCUGCCGGAGUCGCUGAGGUGAUCGUGCUGGUGGGGGGGCGGCAGGUCAUCGGCAUGAACCAGCGCUCGCUGACAGCCGUCACUUGCUUCAACCCUCAGAACAACAAGUGGUACCCCCUGGCCAGCCUGCCUUUCUACAACCGCGAGUUCUUCUCCGUCAUAUCGGCGGGGGAUAAUAUCUACCUGUCAGGAGGCAUUGAGUCUGGGGUCACGCUGGCAGACGUGUGGUGCUACAUGUCCCUGCUGGAUAACUGGAAUCUGGUGUCUCGGAUGACAGUCCCGCGCUGCCGGCACAACAGCGUGGUGUACGACGGCAAGCUUUACACCAUCGGAGGACUCGGAGUGGACGGAAACCUGGAUAAUGUGGAAAGGUACCAUCCAAUAAAGCUGCUGUUUGAAUUAAACAUUUGAUUGGAGGCCAUUAGGUGUUUCAGAUAAGCGUGCGGUCAGCUCUUUCUGUGCUGGGAGCCAGUCUGAUAAUUGGAUCUGUGCUGAAGUAUGGAGGGAGUAUUUUGCUGGCAGGUGACUGUGACACAGAUGCUUGGGGAGAUUGGAUCGGGUUUCGCGGCUGCCGUGGACUGGAGCUAUAAUCGACCGUUACACUGAGGUCGUGACACAGUCAGUCGCUUUAAAAGGAACGGAUGUCAAAAUGACAAGAGAUGAUGAUGUAAACACAAACCACAUUGGCUUCUGAAGAUCUUUUUAUAGUUGGGCAUAUUGAAAUCUACUCAUUUCUUGAUGUAGAAUCACUCCUCUGACAUGAAGAAUCAAUUUGUAAUCGUUCUUCUGGCACUAACAUCCAAUUUCC